CAAGGCACUUGCGGCUCGUCUGCAGCGAUAGGAGAAAAAGAGGAGAGAAAGAGAGAACCUCACCUCCUCAAACAGCGAGUGAGGUAGGGAAAAAGAGACAGAAAGAGACAGACGGAGAGCAAGAGAAGAGGCUGUGGAGUAAAAGCAAAGACUGCAGCGGCUUGGACCUCAAGCGAGGACUGUUUAAUUGUCUGCGCUUUAUUGUAAAGUGUCUAAUUUCCACACAGAUUCGACAUGUCAUCGUCCGGUAAAGACAACAGCGGUGCCCAACAUGCCAAUUACGUGGGACCUUACCGUUUGGAGAAGACGCUCGGGAAAGGACAGACAGGGUUGGUCAAGCUCGGAGUCCACUGUGUAACAUGCCAGAAAGUCGCCAUAAAGAUUGUCAACCGUGAGAAGCUCAGUGAGUCAGUACUAAUGAAGGUGGAGCGAGAAAUAGCUAUUCUGAAGCUCAUAGAACACCCGCACGUUUUAAAGCUACACGAUGUCUAUGAAAAUAAAAAAUACUUAUACCUCGUGCUAGAACAUGUGUCUGGUGGUGAGCUGUUUGACUACUUGGUGAAGAAAGGCAGGUUAACACCUAAAGAGGCCAGGAAAUUCUUCAGACAGAUCAUGUCUGCUCUGGAUUUUUGCCACAGUCAUUCCAUAUGCCACAGGGAUCUGAAGCCGGAGAACCUGUUGCUAGAUGAAAAGAACAACAUCAGGAUAGCAGACUUCGGCAUGGCCUCCCUUCAAGUUGGAGAUAGUCUGCUGGAAACCAGCUGUGGAUCUCCACACUACGCCUGUCCAGAGGUCAUCAGGGGAGAGAAGUAUGACGGGAGGAAAGCAGACGUCUGGAGCUGUGGGGUCAUUCUUUUUGCCCUAUUGGUGGGUGCCCUGCCGUUUGAUGACGACAACCUGAGGAAUCUGCUAGAGAAAGUGAAGCUGGGGGUGUUUCACAUGCCACACUUCAUCCCUCCAGACUGUCAGAACCUCCUCCGUGGCAUGAUUGAAGUGGAUGCCUCCAAAAGACUAACGUUAGAACAGAUCCAGAAACACACAUGGUACAUAGGGGGGAAGAACGAACCAGAGCCUGAGCAGCCUGUGCCCAGGAAGGUGACCAUUCGCAGCCUGCCCUCUGCAGACGACAUCGACCCAGACGUACUGGACAGCAUGCACUCCCUGGGCUGCUUCAGAGACAAAAACAAACUGCUGAAAGACCUGCUCUCAGAUGAUGACAACCAAGAAAAGAUGAUCUACUUCCUGUUACUGGACCGUAAGGAAAGGUACCCCAGUCAGGAGGACCAGAACCUUCCCCCUCGUAACGAGAUUGAUCCUCCAAGGAAGCGGGUGGAUUCUCCCAUGUUGAACCGUCAUGGCAAGAGGAGACCAGAGAGGAAGUCCAUGGAGGUCCUCAGUGUCACAGACGGAGGGUCACCUGUACCGGCCAGGAGGGCCAUCGACAUGACGCAGCAUGGACAGAGGUCGCGGUCUAUUAGUGGAGCCUCCUCUGGCCUCUCCACCAGCCCCCUCAGCAGCCCACGGCCUGUCAGGAAGUUCUGUGUACCACCUCAGUCUCCAGACUUGUUGCAGUCCCCUAACACAAGCCCCUGCCCAUCCCCUGAGCCCAUUCCUAAUCGCACGGGCCCCCGUAUCUCCACCCCUAACUCACUCGCUCCGAACAGUGAGCCCCUGCCAGCAGCACUCAACAAGACGCAGACACUCCCCGCCAAGCCUAAAGUUGUACCCAAGCCCCUCCAAGCCACACGAUCUAACCCGCUCCCCGAACUCUCCCCAGACCCAGCAUCUGCAGCCAAUUCAAAGUCCUCCACUCCUUGCCAGCUCCCAUUGCAGCCACCCUCAGCCUCUGUGCCCCCCACCCCUACUUCUCCGUCCUCCCCAUCCUCACCUUUUUCCCCAUCCCCCAUCCCCAGUGCUUCUAUUCCAAACAGCCCCCAGGUACGGCGCUCCCACUUUUCUGCCAACCCCCAACUCUCUGUGCCCUUCAGCCCAGUGGUGCCCCUGUCGCCCAUCCGGCUGCACCACUUUCACCCUGUGGCGCCGGUGCCUUCUUCAUUCAAUGACCACCCACCCAAAUCUAUCCCCCUCAUACAGGUUACCCCUCACCCCUCCCCUCGAGGCAGUCCCCUCCCCACCCCAAAGGGCACCCCGGUGCACACUCCCAAGGACAGCCCGGCUGGGACCCCCACCCCAACACCGCCCCCCAGCCCUUCCAUUGGAGGCAUGCCUUGGAGGACGCGCCUCAACUCCAUCAAGAACAGCUUCCUGGGUUCACCACGCUUCCACCGCAGGAAACUCCAAGUUCCCACACAAGACGAGAUGUCCAGCCUCACACCAGAGUCUUCCCCAGAACUUGCCAAAAAAUCCUGGUUUGGUAACUUCAUCAACCUGGAAAAAGAGGAGCAGAUCUUCAUUGUCAUCAAAGACAAGCCUCUCAGCUCCAUCAAGGCAGACAUCGUUCAAGCCUUUCUCUCGAUCCCCAGCCUGAGCCACAGUGUGAUCUCUCAAACCAGUUUCAGAGCAGAGUACAAGUCCACAGCGGGCCCUACAGUCUUCCAGAAGCCGGUCAAAUUCCAGGUGGAUAUCACCUACACGGAGAGCACAGCCGCCACCAAGGAAAAUGGCAUCUACUCUGUCACCUUCACCCUGCUCUCAGGACCAAGCCGGCGCUUUAAGCGAGUAGUGGAGACGAUUCAGAGCCAGUUGUUAAGCACACAUGACCAGCCUGGCGUCCAACAGCUGUCUGGCAGCCCAUUGAGUAACUUCUUUGACGUAAUAAAACAACUUUUUUCAGACGAGAAGAACGGACAGGUGCCCUACCCCUCUGGCACGCCCUCCAAGCACUGCCCCUCGCCCAUGCACGUCCGGAGGCACGAACCAGAAAAUAAUGACACCAAAUGCCCCGCUGCGGGCCGAGACAGACCCAAGUUGUCGCUGGCAUCUGUGGGGACACAGGAGGAGUCUUAGACUGAGGAGCUGUGUAGUCGAGCCAGUGUUAAAACCCAUCCCAGUAUCAUUAUAAGCCAGUGGCACGGAGGGAAAAUUCUCUUUGUGCAUAGCUAGAUGUAUAUACUCAUUUAUGGACAUAUGUUUUGUAUAAAAUGACUUUAUAUAGAUAGAAAUAUAUUGAGAGAAUCAAAGUGAUAUUUUACAAAAAGCAUACUGCACCUACAUUACAAACACACAAUCUUGUCCCUCCACUCCCCUUUUCAUCACCCCUCAGUGUCCACCAUCCUCAUCCACCCCUCUACACCAACCAUCUAAUCGCCUGUGGCCCUUGCUCUGUUUUUUGCUCCCUUGCUGCUAACAUGUGUGAUGACCUGACUUGUUUCUGAUACCAGGAAUUAUCCAGAAAACCUAUUAAGUCCCUCCUCCUGCUCCCUGCUCCGCUCGCCCUCCCUCGACCACCCCUCCACCCCCCCGAGCGUGCCGAGAGAGACGGACAUUUGUUGACGGAGGACUGCUUUUAGAGAUGCGCUGAGAGGGUGGAGGGUUACCAUGGAAACAGACCCUUCAUGCAGACUUCUACCUUCAUCUCCCUCUGCGCCCCUUCUCCACCUCUGGCAGCCAUCAGUAGAAGUAGAUGAAAAUACCUUUAGUGUUCCCCCUCAUCCGAGAAACACACAAACACACACACACAUGCACAACUAAUCCACAAACACGUCAGUGAAACAAAAACGCACACUCCCCUCGCCAACCCCGACCACUUUCCUUUCUUCGUGCUCAAGGAGCGUUCAUUAAUUGGAAGCUAGCAUUUUACAAAAAGACACUGCAUACACACAACAUAUACAUGCAUACAUGCACAGGUCCAGUAUGCACAAAAAACUCUGGGAUGUAUUAACAAGAACAUGAACAACACCAACAAUAAAAAAGAAGACAUGCAGAAUCACUGACUGAUUCAGAGGAGGAGAGAAGGAGGAGGAGUUUUGUGGAAAGCCCAAACAGCCGACGCGGAUGCUUGCUGGAUUGUAUUUCUUUGCUUUUUAAUGUACUUUCUUUGUGAAGAACUGGGUUUAAAAUACUAACUGACUUUAUUAGAAUUAACUCUAUUGCUGCAAACGGACUGGAAUUGUGAUUUCAGAGAGGAGUAGGGUGUGAGCAGAAUGGGGCCGGGGGCAGAUGAUAUGAUAGUACAGGGUUGGGGGGGGACGUGGGUGGUUAUGUGGGUAUUUAAAAUGAAUGAUCUAUUCUGUUGUACAGACUGAUAUCAUUUCUUAUGUAAAAAAAAGAAAAAAAAAGAAAUGUCUAGUUGUGACACUAUGUUUAGUACCAUAGGUUCAGGUUGGUAAACCUGCGCCUGCCACAUUCUGUUAUUUUAAAUUCUUCUGUGUAUUUUUGUUACAUAAUCAUUUAUGUCUUUGUUUGAUUGACCUAAUGAUGAUCCAAACAUUCCUGUUUGUGUUAUCUGCAGCACUUUGUCUGGUUUUCCAUUUAUACCUCUCUCUUAGUCUCACAUACCAGCAGUAGGAGUAGAGGAACAAAAAAAUGAUGACGUGAUAAAUGCAAUUGUGGAUAUUUUUGUAUUUCUGUCCUUAUUUAUUCAUGUUUGUUCAUCUCACUGUUUGAGUUCCUAAUUUAUUAUAACUUGGCUAUUUAUAUGAACAAAGCUGUUAGGUCAGUUGAAUGUUAUUUAUUACCCUCUUGUGUGUUCGUAAAUGGGGCAACAUUUGAAGAAAAAAAAUGAACUUUUUUUUCUUUUCUUUUCUUUUGGUCUGAAUUUAACAGAAUUAUGUGAACAACCACAAGUCACAAAUUCCCUGACCUCUAUGAAGAGGGGAAGAGAACUUGUGGGAACUCUUCAAAAAAAUUAUUUACCAGUAAUUUAAGAAUGUAGACUUAGCCUCUUUUUGGAGAGGGAAUAUGCUCUUCUAUUGAUAUUUGUCAGUUUCAUAUUAUUGUGCUUGUAGGCCAGGCCUGAGGAGAAGGACACCACAGAUCCCAAUCUACUUCUUCUCUUUGUAAAUAAACAGACAAAUCGUGGGGGUUGAUUGUCUUCUCAACCAUGCUGGGGAUUCCUGCUCUAUGCUUUUAGCUUGUAUUGCUGUGUGCAUGUCAAACAUGAGCUUUUCUUUGCAUGGCUUCAGUGUUCAUGUUCCAUGCCAAACUCACUCCUUCUCUCAGCCUUCAUCAGUUCUCUCUCCACAAAACUACCUUUUAACGUUUUAAAUUCCCCCUCUGUCCCUUACUUUUCUCCCUCUUUGCUUUUAUUUCUGGCCUUCUUUUUUUUUUAUUAUUGUUCCCUCGCUCCCGCUGAACUUUCCCUUUCUCCUCCUCUUAUCUUGUGCACAAAGCUUUUGAAUGAUGCUUCCUUUACUCUGUACCUCUCUCUGGAAGGCUCAGAGGUCUGGGCUCUCUCUACCUGUUGGUGGAAGGGGCACAGUGAGGGGAUAUCAAUACACAAACACAAAGCAAUACCCUAUUGUUCACCCUCCUUUCUGUUUUCUACAAUGGGAAGCUAGCAGCACCAAGGACAUCCAAUGAUUCUGAGGCCCAGAGCGGUCUUUUGACAGAGCAGGAACAAAACUGACUGAUGUAAUCCCCAUAUAAAAUAACUGUGAGCAUCUUCAGUGCUGAAACAAAUAAACUCAUUAAGUUAUGGUG